UCACUGUCUGUAAAAUUCAGGAAGUGAUCUGUCAUCACUGGCGCCGGUAAUACGGUGUGUGUAAGGGAGCACUGGCGCCGGUAAUACGGUGUGUGUAAGUGAGCGUGUUGUUUGCUUGAUACGCUCUCUCGCUGUUACCUGUUUGAAAUAGGUUACAUUCGUAUAAAAAAAUGAAUUCUUACACGCUGCGCUUAUAAUAUAAAUCGGAUUUAUUCAAUUACGCACCAGUAUUUGAGCGGAAUAAAACAGAUGUUAUUAUGUAUAUCAGGUAUACCAUAUUAACAUGAUGGAAAACGAAGAAGAUGACACGAAACUCUCUCAAUUAAUAGACGGUGUAGUCACAUCAAUUCAGACAGGAACAAAAUGUGAGAGAGCAAACCAGAUUCAUAAUGCAGUUGAAGUCCAUUUAAAGACUUGGCUAGAUGAGGUAGAAAAACUAAACCCAUUAUUUAAGGUAUCGGAGUUGAUUCAGGUUGGAAGUUAUGCAGAGGGCACUAAAAUAAUACAACCUGAUGAGUUUGAUUUUUUAGCUGUAAUUGAAGACUUAUCAAAACCAAAUUCAGUAUCAGUAGAUAAAAGUGAAAGUAACUUACAGCAAAACUUAGUGAGGGUUGCGAUUGCAGACGACAGGUUAAAGUCUAGAUGGAACGCGCUUUGUAAAAACGGCCAUCUGCAAUGUUUUCAACGCGUAAAUUUUCCAGAUUUAGGCAAGGAGAGAUUUGGACAUGUUUUCAUUUCCGUUCUGAAGGAGAAAGUGAAAGAAUUUCGUACUGAAAGGAAAAUGUCGCGUUUAAAGUACUCAGUUGGGUCACCUUUCGACAUAUGGUGUGAAAUUAGCUUACCAGUAGAAAACAGCAUUUCUUUACUGUUAAAAGGAGCAGAAUACAACACACCUAAUGUUCUGAUACACUUUGAACUAGAAAACAGAGAAAUUACUGUAGAUUUAUCCCCAGCAAUUAGAUAUCACAAGAUUGAUGAUUGUUUCAAAGUAGAGGAUUGUGCUGGCCCAGCAUUUGCUGAGCUUGUUUUAAGUCGCAAGUCUUUGCUUUUUGUCGGAACUAGUGAUAAGUUCGAUUUUAAGGUAACUGUGACUGAAGCAGAGGUUCAGUACAUGCUGUCAGUUAUGAAGCCUGAGCACAAAGUCAUCUACAUAUUUCUAAAAUAUAUUAAAAACUUGUAUUCAGACUCAAUACUUUCGUUUACGUCGUUUACAUCAUACAUGCUGAAGAGUGUUUGUAUUCACCAUGAUGUUAAGUGCAAAACUGAAGCGAUAACUGUCGCAACGUGUUUGAAAGCUGUGAUUGCGGAAUUAGAGGAGUGCACUCGAAUGAAUAAUGUAUGGAGUAUUGUCAACAGACACCUUUGCCUUUAUUUCAAAGAAAGUAUAUACGGAUCUUCGGAAUUGGUAGAACAAAACAGAAAGUGUAUGCUUGAUGGUAUAAGGGAAAUAUGUCAGUUGGUAUCAGAAGUCGGCACCGUUGAGGAAUUUGAUGCUUCCAUCAAUGAUAAAGUUCUACAAGACAAAUUUAAAAAAGAGAACAAUCGAAGACGCGAAGAGCAACGCCAGAGGUUUCUACAGCAGCAGCAUGGUCGGUAUAACGGUGCAGAUAGUGAUACUACAGUUGAGUCAAGUAUGAGCUCAACUCCUGCGGUCAGUCAACAAUCGGAGGAAGAAGCAGUUGCACAAAUUAUUGAGAUGGGUUUUGAACCUGAAGAAGUAUACAAGGCUAUGAGGGCAUGUCUGAAUGACCAUUAUAAGGCGGUUGAAUAUUUGUUAAAUCAGGACGCUCCUGAAAAUGUUGACAAUGAGCCAGUCCAGGCAGAAAGAGAUAAUCAUGCACCUGUAUAUAAAGCGCCAUCUGCUGAAGGGUUAACAACUUCUCAGACUUUGAGCCAAGGCCCGUCAGAUGGACAAAUUACGGCUACUUCCGAAUUAUCAUACCUACAAAUGCCAAAGGAAGAAUCCCCAAUACGCUCGACCAGGGAACAAGACAAGGCUACUUGUGAAAUAUUGUACCAAAGGAAAAAAUAUUUAUAAAACUCUGUAAUUUGCUGAUAAUGUGUCAGGCGACAAAAACAACCUUUCCUCUUUUUCACAUCGGAAUGAAAAGUUGCCACUUACGAAUGGCAAGUAAAAAUUGCCCAAUGACAAGUACCCACUGUCGAAUUACAAUAAGCCAUAAAAUUCCUAUUUGGCGCUCCAUAUGUUUACAUGAAGCAGCCGGAGCAUCUACUUAUGAUUUUGGAGAUCUGCCCAUAUGGGUAAAUGAUGGUGAAUAUUAUUUAAAUAUGUGUAUAUGUUAUCGAUAUACAAAUGCUUAAAUAGGUUUCAAGUUAAAACUCUUAAUAAUAAAUGCAAGUAUUUAUAAGGUGUAAAUAACCGACGUGCAUGAUGCCUGCUGAAAGAUAUCUUAAGCAAACGUAACAUGGAAGUAUGUACAGAUACUACGUUUUAUGGUGCCGGCUACUCAAUACAUGACGAAGCUCCCUUCUUGACACAACCCUACUUGACCCAAGUAUUUAUACUUUUUUUUCCUAGCACGCGAGGGUGAUCAAAUAAGCACAAUCGAGAAAAAACAGCAAUUAGUACUUAACUUUUAUGAAUUUUGCUACUACAACGGACAAGUGGAAAGACGUCAGGUCACGAAAUCAAGACCUACAUUUUGUCCUAAGUUCCUAACUAAAAUUAGGACAAGUGGACAAGUGGACUUUGGUGACAGUCUUAUCACAGGGGUUAUCUAAGACGUCUUAUAUGUUUGUUUCACGACAAGCUUCUUGAAUGUAACCAUUACCCUGCUAAAUUUCUAUAAUGAACUUGUCCAUCUUUCAAUUUGGACAGUACCAUUAACUGUUAAAAGGGGUGCUUACCAAAAAGGUACUGACUGAAUGGCGAACAGUGCAGAUCAUGAUCAGACUGCACGGAUGUGCAGGCCGAUCAUGAUCUACAUUGGUCGCAGAAGCAGAGUCAAUCGUGUCCAGCAUGAUGAGUGAUAAACGUCUUCUGUUCCUUGCCGCACCUAGCGCCAAAACUGUAACAUUCCUUUUGAGGAGCUGUUUAUAUGGUGAACCUAUAGAGACUAUUUCCACGAUAGUAUCACAGGUGGCAGUAUCAUUGAUUGGUCACCCCCUCCCCACCCUAAGACCCCUGAUACAACCCUGAAAAAAAAUUCUGACAUUCUCAGGUGUUCCUUAAUAUCCCCACCCUACAAGACCCCUGAUACAAUUCUGAAAAAAAAAAUUCAACUAUCAAAACAGUACUUAUUAGAAGGUAUGAAGUCUGCUAUAUGUCCAUUUGCCAAACAAUGUGGAACAUACGAUAUCGUCGUUUCGGCGAUUUAGACGCAUUCUGAAGGCAUAUCGUUAUGCCUUUCCUUCACUUAAAUAAGAAGGUCUGCAAUUCCACAGUUUACCUAAUUCAGAUCCAACGAAUGACUAUAUUCUAGCAAAAUAUUUCAAUUUCACAUUGUUUUGAGUUGUUGGAAGCCAUCUUGAAACUGAAACGCUCGUCCAAUCAGAUCGUGUGUUACAACACAGGUACUGCCAAAUCCAAGAUGGCUUCCAACAACUCAAAAUACCAUGAAAUUGAAAUAUUUUGCUAGAAUAUAUUCAUUCAUUUGAUCUGAAUUAGGUAAACUGUGGAAUUGCAGACCAUUUUAUUCAAGUGAAUGAUAGGCACAGCGAUAUGCCGUCAGAAUGCGUCUAAAUCGCCGAAACGACGAUAUCGUAUGUUCCACAUUGUUUGGCAAAUGGACAUAUAGCAGACUUCAUACCUUCUAAUAAGUACUGUUUUGAUAGUUGAAAUUUUUUUUUCAGAAUUGUAUCAGGGGUCUUGUAGGGUGGGGAUAUUAAGGAACAUCUGAGAAUGUCAGAAUUUUUUUUCAGGGUUGUAUCAGGGGUCUUAGGGUGGGGAGGGGGUGACCAAUCAAUGAUACUGCCACCUGUGGAUAGUAUAUGUAUUCCAGAAAGUAAAUGAUUUAUUGUGAAUGAAUAAAUCCGGUGACAUUUUCUUUUUCGUGAACUGCGGCUUCACAUGGGAGUAAAGGCCUACAGAUCUUUUUGAUUUUUCAAGAUAUCUGUAAUCAGGUUUAAUGUCAAAUUAUAAUUUUAUCUCUGUAAAAUUAUGGCCCUAGAUUUAUGUUUUGAAAAAAAAAUCUAAAUGUUAUAUUGUUUCUCAUGGAAAUGUUGCUUGUAUGUUAAAUAAGAUAUCUUGUAAGUUUAUAGACAAUCCAUCAGCACACAAAAUCAGAAUUUAAAUUUUAAAAUAAUAUUUUUUGCGUCAAAAUGUAAUCAUAAUGAUCUAAAGUUUGCAAAAGUUUCAAUGAAUUACUAGUCUCACUAAUUUACAUUUACAUUACUUUUCGGUCGAAUAAAUCGUGGACAUUCCUGUUACGGAUAAUAAACAUUUUUAUAUUGUCCGACAUGAAACCCUGAACUCUGACGUACACUUACACCUUUCAAGCGAAGAAAUAUUCCUUCCGGUUGAAAAAUGACGGAUUUGAACAUGUGAGCUAUUCUUAUGAUGAAUACACUGGUACCUGCUGCAAAUGAUUAUUACGGAAUAGUUACCUGAUACUUACACAAAACCUCACGAUGAUUCUUGUCUAAAAGGCAACAUGUCAUUCCUAUGUAAUUUCACUUACUAGCAUUCUGAAGCUAUUUAAUAAUAAAAUAAUCUGAUUACUUGAAAAUAGUCUGCAUCUCCAUGUAAUUAUUAUAACCUUAAUAUAUCAGUUGCACGAUAAAUGUGCAUAAAAUCCUUUCAAAUAUUACUGGCAUUAAUCUUGAGGAUUCUCGCGUUCAAAUGGUGCAUUUCUGUUUUGUUUGUUUAAUUUGUUAUAUAUAUUUAAUGAUCUGUCUAUGCCAUUCAGUAUGUAAUUGUACAUGUACAUAUAUGGGUAAGCUAUUUAUCGCUUAAGACUAAUAAAUAUAUGUUCUGUUCUGUAUUAAUCCUUGCUUGCCAGAGAAAUAUGUACUUGGUUUCACUCAAUAUGUUAGUCAAUUUCGUCUACGCAGUCAGGUGGUUGUAUUAUUUUUAUCAUUUACAGUUUAAGAUAUUAGAUUAAAUUGGAAAUAUA